AUGGAGGAGAUGCAAGCAGCACCAGAUCUUUUUUCAGAUGAUUCUUCUGAAAGCCAGUCAACUGAGAUGAUACCAGGGGUAGCAGGAGUGACUGUGGGUCACAAUGGGCAGAUCUGCAGCACAUGGGGAAACUUCCAUUUCAAUACAUUUGAUGGAGAAUUCUUCCAACUACCCUAUACGUGUAACUAUGUACUGGCCACCCUGUGUGAUAGCACUAAGAUGGACUUUAAUAUCCAGUUGAGGAGGCAGUAUGUCAACAACAUUCCUACCAUCAUUUCCUUUACCAUAAAGCUUGAGGGAACUGUUAUUAAGCUUCUCAAUGGCAGUAUUACCCUGGAUGACGAAGAAGUGACCCUCCCCAGCUUUCAGCGUGGAGUGCGUUUUGAGAAAACUACAAGUUACAUUAAGAUAAGUUCCAAGUUGGAACUGACAGUCUUUUGGGAUGAAGUCAACUCACUCUCGGUUGAACUAUCCACAAAGUACAGGAAUCAGACUUGUGGGCUCUGUGGAGACUUCAAUGGCAUUACAUAUGAUGAGUUCAUAGAAAAUGGAGCAAGGCUAAAUUCAAAUGAUUAUGGCCACAAAUGGAAGCUGGAUGCACCAACUGAGAUGUGUGAGGAAGUGAAUGAGCAUGAGACUUCUGAGAAAUGCCAGAGCGAGAUAUCUACAUGUCACAACUUGCUUUCCAGUCCAGCAUUCAACAGCUGCCAGGACCUACUAUCUAUUCAAGGCUUUAUGGAUGCAUGUGUAAUAGAUGCAUGUCACUGUAACAGCAAUACCACAUGUCUCUGUGACACAAUAACUGAGUUCUCACGCCAGUGUGCCCAUGCAGGUGGCAAACCCCAGAAAUGGAGGACAGACACAUUCUGUGCAAAAAACUGUCCAUUUAACAUGCUGCACAGUGAGUGUGAGAUCCCAUGCACAGACACCUGUUCUAACCAAGAAGGGAUCCAGCUCUGUACAGAUCACUGCAUUGAUGGCUGUUUCUGCCCAGCUGGCACUGUGCUUGAUGAUAUUGGGAAAACUGGCUGUAUCCCUGUUGAUCAAUGUCCCUGUAGCCACAAUGGAAAAAAAUUUAAACCUGGAGAAUCAUACACAAAACCUUGUCAUAAAUGUGAGUGUUCUAAAGGGCGAUGGCAUUGUAAGCAUUUUGACUGUCCUGGCACAUGCACAGUGAAAGGGUCUCACGUCACUACAUAUGAUGGCAAAGCUUACACCUUCCAUGGAAAGUGCUACUACACCCUAACCAAGGACAAGGAUUUGACUGUAUGGGGGAAUCUGGUGCAGUGUGGUCAGACAGACACUGUAACAUGUCUGAACACUGUGAUGUUGACCAUCUCAACAACUACUAUAAUUAUCUUAUCCAGUGGCACUGUAGAAGUGAAUGGCUUCCCAUCCAAGCUUCCAAUUUAUAAUGAUCAAGUGACAAUCUUCAGGUCUUCUACAUUCUUUAUUAUUGCCAAAAUAUCAAAUCUUCGUCUAGAGAUCCAACUAGUUCCAGUCAUGCAAUUGUACAUUGUGGCCAGUUCUGCAAGCAAGACAGCAUUAAGCGGUCUGUGUGGGAACUUUAACGAUAAUGAUGAAGAUGACUUUAUGACAAACUCAGGGAUUAAAGAGAGCAUAGCGAUGUCGUUUGCCGACAAGUGGUCGGUUAACUGCAAAUUAGAUGCUAUCAUGAAUAAGCAAGACCCCUGUAGUAUGAGUGUUGAAAAAGAGAAAUAUGCCAAGGAAUGGUGUACCCUGAUUAGUAACGCUAACGGAAUUUUUGCCAAAUGUCAUGUUGUGGUCGACCCAAAAGAUUACAAAGAUAGGUGCAUGUAUGAUUCAUGUAACUGCGUCAAUAGUGAGGAUUGCAUGUGUGCAGCUAUAUCAUCCUAUGUUCGUGCAUGUGCUGCUAAAGGUGUUCUGAUCAAUGGUUGGAGAGACAUUGCCUGUGGUACAUAUUCCAAGGAUUGUCCAAGCGAUAUGGAGUACUUCUAUAAUGUGAGCAGUUGUGGGACCACCUGCCGUUCUCUCAGUGGCCAGGACCAUACCUGUCUGGUGACUCACACACCAUUGGAUGGUUGCAGCUGUGCUAGAGGCACCUACCUCACCGAUGAGGGCAAGUGUGUUAGCCCCUCCAGCUGCCCCUGUUACAGCAACAAUAAGGUUGUGGCCCCCAUGAAUGUCAUCAUCGAGGACGGGGUUACAUGCACUUGCAAUUACGGCAAGCUGCACUGCACUGGACGGCAGGACGUUCCUACUUGCAAAUAUCCUAUGGUGUACUUCAACUGUUCAAAUGCUGAACUUGGAGAGAGAGGGGUAGAGUGCCAGAAAAGCUGCAAGACACAGGACUUUGACCAGUGUCUAAAUCAACAGACAAAGUUGAGGUCAGGCUGUAAAUCAGGGUGUGUGUGUCCAAAUGGUCUGCUGGCUGAUGGACAAGGAGGGUGUCAGAAAGAAGAGGAUUGUCCAUGUUUUUACAAUGGAAUCUCCUAUAAACCGAAAGAAACCGUUAAAUCUGACUGCAACACUUGCACUUGCAAAAACCGGAAAUGGGACUGCACAGAUAAUGUGUGUUUUGGCACUUGCUCUAUCUAUGGUGAUGGCCACUUUAAGAGUUUUGAUGGUAGGAGAUACUCUUUCAGUGGAGACUGUGAAUACAUGUUGGUGCAGGAUUACUGUGGCAGCAGCCUUAAUGGUUCAUUUCGCGUCAUCACAGAGAAUGUCCCCUGUGGCACCACUGGGACCACCUGUUCCAAAUCUAUUAAAGUUUAUCUAGGGAACCAAGAGUUGCAUCUGUCAGAAGAGGAUAUUAAAGUUACACAUCAUCAAAAUGUUUCAGAAAUCCCUUACCAUAUCCACACUGUGGGGAUAUACAUGGUCAUUGAGGCGAAAAAUGGUCUAGCUCUUUUCUGGGACAAGAAGACAAGUGUAAUGAUCAAACUCAGUCCCUCUUUUAAGGGAAAAGUAUGUGGCCUGUGUGGUAACUUUGAUGGGAAUGGGAAAAAUGACUUUGUGACUCGAAGUGGGGAAGAAGUGGUAGAACAGCUCGAGUUUGGAAACAGCUGGAGAAUUUCCCCGACAUGCCCCAAAGCCAACAGUGUCAACAGCUCCUGCGAUAUGAGACCACACCGACAGGCUUGGGCCAUCAAACAGUGCAGCAUUAUCAAGAGUGACAUCUUUGAGAAUUGUCACUCCUUUGUGGACCAUACUCAAUAUUAUGAUACGUGUGUGCAAGACACAUGUGCAUGUGACACUGGUGGUGACUGUGAGUGUUUCUGUACUGCAGUGGCAGCCUAUGCGGCUGCAUGCAGUGAACAGGGAGUCUGUGUACUGUGGAGAAGCCCAACUAUUUGCCCUUUGUUUUGUGACUACUAUAAUUCACGUGAAGGCUGUGAGUGGCACUAUAAGCCUUGUGGACAAUCCUGCAUGAAGACUUGUGAGAACCCCUCAGGAGUCUGCUUCAAUAAAAUUCCUCCACUAGAGGGAUGCUUUCCCCAGUGCCCCUCAGACAGGCCAUACCUGGAGGAGACAACAAUGAAGUGUGUUGAAAGAGAUCAGUGUGGCUGCUACGUGGAUAACACUCACUAUAAAGUGGGAGAUAUUGUUGCUUCAGAGGAAAAUUGCUAUUCAUGCAAAUGUAUCUCAAGCGGUCUUUCGUGUUUCUACAAUGAAGAAGCUUGCAAGUGCAUGUACGAUGGAAAAGAAUACCCAAUAAGAAGUAAACUGUAUUACACACAUGAUGGAGAUGGUACAUGUAUUGAUGCUACAUGUGGGCUCAAUGGAACAAUUGUGAGGAACAUGUUUAAGUGUAUCACUACUACAACAACUACAACCACAACAUUUACAUUCACUACAACUGCUAAAUAUGGUUCUACAACAGAAAGCCCAGGGCCAGAAACUACUGGUACCACAAUGCCAGAAAUGACCACAACUACAACCACAAUUGUAUCUUCAAAAACUCCUCUAUCAAGCACAGGCAUCACAGAGAGUACAACAGAAAAACCAAGCACAACAGUAACACAGGUGGGAUCUACAACAGAAACCUCAGGGACGGAAUCUACUGGUACUACAGCACCAGAGAUUACCACAGCUACAACCACAAUAGUGCCUUCACCAAUUCCAAUAUCAAGUCCAAGCACCACAGAGAGCACAACAAUACAACCAAGCACAGCAGUAACACAUAUGGGUUCUACAACAGAAACCUCAGGGACAGAAUCUACUGGUACUACAGCACCAGAGAGUCCCACAACUACAACCACAAUUGUAUCUAAAACAACUCCUCUAUCAAGCACAGGCAUCACAGAGAGCACAACAGUACAACCAAGCACAACAGUAACACAUCUGGGUUCUACAACAGAAAGCCCAGGGCCAGAAACUACUGGUACCACACUGCCAGAGAUUCCAACAACUACAACCAUGAUUGUGUCUUCAACAAUUCCACUAACUACAACACAACCAGCCAUAGGAACAACACAACAACCUAGUGGCUCUACAGCACAGCCAACACUAACAACAGAAACGCAACCAUCCAGACCAACAACAGAACAGACAACCUUUAUAACUACAGAAAGUUCAACACUGAUAAGCACUAUAGUCUCUCCAAAAACCUCAACGAAAAUAUCACCACCAACAUCAGAGACUCCUUCUACAACACCACUGGCUACUUCAAGCACAAAAGAGACUACUGCAACAACGUUUAUAACUGCAUCUUCAAAAUCUCCCUCAACAACCACAAGUAUCAUAGAGAUAUCAACUAUAACACCUCCUAGCUGUAUGAAGUGCACGUGGUCAGAGUGGUUAGACUCAAGCUAUCCUGAUUCUUCUCCAACCGGAGGUGAAAUUGAAUCUAUUGCUGCAAUGUGGAGCUCAAGAAAAAUUCCCUGUCAGGAACCAAUGAACAUUCAAUGUAGGGCCAAGGAAUAUGAAGACAUAGAUUUAAGGGAAUUAGGUCAAAUAGUUAUAUGUAAUGCCUCUAUUGGUCUGAUUUGUGAAAAUUCAAAUCAGACAGGAAUAGCAUGUUUUAAUUAUGAGAUCCGGGUAAUGUGCUGUAACAACAAAGUUAACAAAGAAUGUACAACACCAUCACCAACAACUACUACUACACUAGAAACUUCAACAUCAGAGCCUUCUAUUACAACUCCUGUAUCAAGCACAGAAACCUCAGGGACAGAAUCUACUGGUACUACAGCACCAGAGAUUGCCACAACUACAACCACAAUUGUAUCUUCAACAACUCCUGUAUCAAGCACAGGCAUCACAGAGAGCACAACCGAAAAACCAAGCACAGUAGUUACACAUGUGGGUUCUACAACAGAAACCUCAGGGACAGAAUCUACUGAAACCUCAGGGACAGAAUCUACUGGUACUACAGCACCAGAGAGUCCCACAACUACAACCACAAUUGUAUCUAAAACAACUCCUCUAUCAAGCACAGGCAUCACAGAGAGCACAACAGUACAACCAAGCACAACAGUAACACAUCUGGGUUCUACAACAGAAAGCCCAGGGCCAGAAACUACUGGUACCACACUGCCAGAGAUUCCAACAACUACAACCAUGAUUGUGUCUUCAACAAUUCCACUAACUACAACACAACCAGCCAUAGGAACAACACAACCUAGUGGCUCUACAGCACAGCCAACACUAACAACAGAAACGCAACCAUCCAGACCAACAACAGAACAGACAACCUUUAUAACUACAGAAAGUUCAACACUGAUAAGCACUAUAGUCUCUCCAAAAACCUCAACGAAAAUAUCACCACCAACAUCAGAGACUCCUUCUACAACACCACUGGCUACUUCAAGCACAAAAGAGACUACUGCAACAACGUUUAUAACUGCAUCUUCAAAAUCUCCCUCAACAACCACAAGUAUCAUAGAGAUAUCAACUAUAACACCUCCUAGCUGUAUGAAGUGCACGUGGUCAGAGUGGUUAGACUCAAGCUAUCCUGAUUCUUCUCCAACCGGAGGUGAAAUUGAAUCUAUUGCUGCAAUGUGGAGCUUAAGAAAAAUUCCCUGUCAGGAACCAAUGAACAUUCAAUGUAGGGCCAAGGAAUAUGAAGACAUAGAUUUAAGGGAAUUAGGUCAAAUAGUUAUAUGUAAUGCCUCUAUUGGUCUGAUUUGUGAAAAUUCAAAUCAGACAGGAAUAGCAUGUUUUAAUUAUGAGAUCCGGGUAAUGUGCUGUAACAACAAAGUUAACAAAGAAUGUACAACACCAUCACCAACAACUACUACUACACUAGAAACUUCAACAUCAGAGCCUUCUAUUACAACUCCUACUACAACCACAAUUGUAUCUUCAACAACUCCUGUAUCAAGCACAGGCAUCACAGAGAGCACAACCGAAAAAACAAGCACAACAGUAACACAGGUGGGAUCUACUACAGAAACCUCAGGGACAGAAUCUACUGGUACUACAGCACCAGAGAUUCCCACAACUACAACCACAAUUGUAUCUUCAACAACUCCUGUAUCAAGCACAGGCAUCACAGAGAGCACAACCGAAAAACAAAGCACAGUAGUUACACAUGUGGGUUCUACAACAGAAACCUCAGGGACAGAAUCUACUGGUACUACAGUACCAGAGAUUCCCACAACUACCACCACAAUUGUAUCUUCAAAAACUCCUGUAUCAAGCACAGGCAUCACAGAGAGCACAACCGAAAAACAAAGCACAGUAGUUACACAUGUGGUAGUUACACAUGUGGGUUCUACAACAGAAACCUCAGGGACAAAAUCUACUGGUACUACAGCACCAGAGAUUCCCACAACUACAACCACAAUUGUAUCUUCAAAAACUCCUGUAUCAAGCACAGGCAUCACAGAGAGCACGACCGAAAAACAAAGCACAGUAGUUACACAUGUGGGUUCUACAACAGAAACCUCAGGAACAGAAUCUACUGGUACUACAGCACCAGAGAUUCCCACAACUACAACCACAAUUGUAUCUUCAACAACUCCUGUAUCAAGCACAGGCAUCACAGAGAGCACAACAGAAAAACCAAGCACAACAGUAACAUAUGUGGGUUCUACAAAAGAAACCUCAGGGACAGAAUCUACUGGUACUAAAGCACCAGAGAUUGCCACAACUACAACCACAAUUGUAACUUCAGCAACUCCAAUAUCAAGCACAGAAAUGUCCACAACUACAACCACGAUAGUGUCUUCAACAAUUCCUGUUUCAACAAAGCAACUAGCCAUAACAACAGAACAAAUGGCUACUACAAGCACAUCAGCUGUAAUUCCCACCACAGAGCUAACUAAAACAACAAUGUUCACUUCCACACACUCUACCAGUAAACAAACAACAUUCAAUGUAAUCACCGGUCCACCUGUUACUGAAACAAAACAUACAGGAUCCCAAGUGGUUAUCACAACUACAGUAAGUUGUGUCUGCAUGUACCUGAAUAAUGCUUUCCCCCCAGGGUCUUUCAUGUAUAAUGAAUCUGAUGGAACAGGAUGGUGUUUCACUUCUUAUUGUGAUUCACUGUGUAAUGUUGACAAGAAGCCACAGCCGUGUGCUGCAACUACUACCCCACCUACUAUAUCACAUUCUAGUACUACUGCCCUGCCUACUACAAUAUAUUCCAGUAUUACUACCCCACCUACUACAACACAGUCCAGUGUUACUACGCCUACACCUAAUCCAGGCUGCAAAUACCUUAUUCCACCAAGAAAGGAUGGAGAAACUUGGACUGAAGAUUGUGUGGUUAAAACAUGCACAAAUGGUUCCUUUUUGGGUCAUCCUGUGUGUGCCAAUCCAAAUCCCCCUCUACCAAAUUGUCAGAACGGCUUUCCUCCAGUGAAAGUCAAGGAUUCAGACUGUUGCUUCCAUUAUGAAUGUGAAUGUAAAUGCAUGGGAUGGGGCGAUCCACAUUAUGUGUCAUUUGAUGGGCAGUAUUAUGUUUUCCAAGGAAACUGCACAUACGUCUUGGUCCAGGAAAUCAUAAAGAAACACAAUUUCAGUGUCCACAUUAAGAACUACUAUUGUGACAUUCCCAAUGGCUUGGCCUGUCCUGAGAGUUUGAUUAUAUACUAUCAAUCAUAUAAAAUAAAUCUGACACAGACAAGAAACCCAACUAAGAAUAAAGUAUUCAUCAAUGAUGUGCAGAAGAUUCCAACUAUCUCUAAUAAGGACUUUAUUAUCACCACUACUGGGAUUACGAUGACUGUGGAUAUCCCUGCUAUACAAGCUCAGAUUAUUUUCAGAGGAAUGAAUUUUGAGAUCAACCUGCCAUUUUCCUUAUUCCACAACAACACUGAGGGACAAUGUGGUGUUUGUGACAACAACAAACUCAAUGACUGCAGUCUACCUACUGGACAAACGCAAUCAUGUGAGACAACUGCAGGUUCUUGGGAAGUGAAGGGCAAAACCCCUUGCCUUCCCCCACCAUCUCCCCCCACCCCUCCAAAACCCUGCAAAACUACAACACAAUCAGGCAUCUGCAAUAUCAUCUAUAGCAAGGUGUUUGAAGAGUGCCGUAAAGUCCUUCCUGCAGACUAUGUAUAUAAGGCAUGUCAGUUUGACACGUGUCACAUAGGGGAGGCGGCAGGCUGCUCCAGCUUAGAGACCUAUGCUGGAAUGUGUGCUGACCAUUCUGUAUGUGUGGACUGGAGGAACUCAACUAACGGACUGUGUCCACACAACUGCCCUGAACAUAAAAUCCACAUGCCCUGUGGACCGAAAGUUGAAAAAACCUGCAAUUCAAUGUACAAUGAAAAGUUUGUGACAUGUGAGUCUGAGUUUUGUAAUGAUGACUUCAGAGAAGGAUGCUACUGCCGUGAAGGCACAAUCCUCUUUAACACUGAUAAAGACCAGUGCACAAACUUCUGUGGUUGUGUAGAUUCUGAUGGUCAGCCCAGACAGCCUGGAGAUGAAUGGAACAUGAAUUGUGAGAAAUGCACAUGCUCAAUGGAGACCUUUAGUCCAGUCUGUCACCCUGUUACCUGUCCACCCUUGGCGCACUGUGAGAAACCUGGCUAUGAGAUCCAGACAAAAAAUUGCUGUCAGAGCUGUGAACCCAAGCCUGUCUGUAUAGUGAGUGGUGCAGAAUACCAGCCUGGAGAUUCAAUUCCAGGAGACCUCUGUCAGACUUGCCACUGUGGUACCAGCAUAGACUCCAACACCAGACUACAUAAUGUAGAAUGUUCUCCUGUGACCUGCAACACAACCUGUCCUCAGGGCCAUUCAUAUAAUGCUGUCCCAGGGAAAUGCUGUGGAGAAUGUAUACCACAAUACUGUGUUUACACAGGGCCAGAGAACACUGUAAAAACAAUUGAGGUUGGACAGAGCUGGACCCCUCCAAAUGAAACUUGUGGGACCUAUAACUGCACUAAAGUUAAUCACAUGUUUGUGUUGGUGAAAAUCCUUCCUGCUUGUCUGGAGUUUAAGGAAGAAGAAUGCAUCCCUGGUACUGAAACGACCACAGCAGAUGGAUGCUGCAGAACUUGUGAACAGAAGAAGUGCCAUGUUCUGACAAGCACCAUGCAUUUGAAGGCCAAAAACUGCAUCUCUGUUGACCCUGUGAAGAUAGCCACCUGCUCUGGUGCCUGUGACACCAGCUCAAUAUACUCAAUGGAAGCAAACAGCUAUAUGCAUAAAUGCUCAUGCUGUCAGGAGCUGCGUACUAGCCAGAAGAAGGUGCAGAUGAGCUGUCCUGGGCAAUCUCAAAUCACAUACACCUAUACUUUUGUUGAAGAGUGCGGCUGUAAUGUCACAGACUGCAAAGACAGCCAGUGAUUAAAAACGUCAGCUAAUUCAGCUAAUUUCUGUUAGUUCUCAAUGAUUACAUCUGAUAAUGAAAUAUUGACAUGGCUAAAACCAUGAUGCAGUGAAUGUACUAUACUGCAAUAAUAAAAAAAUUAUUGAUUACUAUGUUGUAUGAACAUAAGGCAUAAUCUUUUGGGGGUACAGGGUUCUACUACAUUUCUGUCAUCUAGCAAAGGUGCUGAGGAUAAAAGCUCUUUAAUCUCCUGCAUGGAUUAUGGUUACAUUUGUUUAUAUUUUAAUGCUAUAUUCUUUUUAAUGAUUAAUAA